AUGCCAGCCCCGGGCGAGUGUUCUCGUGCGCCACUUGCCUCUCCCCCGGCAGUUCCACCUGGAACAGGCAUCGCCGCUGCUGAUCAUGUGCUGCAUAGGUAUCGGGAUAUAGUUAAAAGUCAGGAGGAUAAACGUGUAUACAGGGGUCUGCAGUUGGCGAAUCGUAUGAAAGUAUUAUUAGUGAGCGAUCCCACUACAGACAAAUCUGCGGCUGCUAUAGACGUAAAUGUUGGUUACUUAAGUGACCCAGAUGAACUACCCGGGCUGGCUCACUUUUGUGAGCACAUGCUGUUCCUAGGGACGGAAAAGUAUCCACAGGAAAACGAAUACAGUAAAUUUCUAUCGGAGCAUGGCGGCUCAUCAAACGCAAGUACAUCGGCGGAUCACACAACAUUUUACUUUGAUGUGCUGCCCCCUCAUCUAUCUGCAGCGCUCGAUAUUUUCGCACAGUUCUUCGUAUCUCCCUUGUUCACCGAGUCAGCUACUGGAAGGGAGCUAAGUGCAGUUGAUUCUGAACACGAUAAGAAUAGAUCAUCAGACUCUUGGAGACUGGACCAGCUCAAUAAGAGUACAGCGGACCCAAAUCAUCCAUACCACAAGUUUGGAACCGGUAACAAAGACACCCUCGAAACGAUACCCAAACAAAAGGGCAUCGACGUACGCGCAGAAUUGUUGAAAUUCCACAAGCAGUGGUAUUCUGCUAAUAUAAUGGCGCUAGUUGUCGUUGGAAAAGAAUCUCUAGAUGAAUUGGAGGAGUUAAUAGUCAAGUUGUUCUCCGGCGUAGUUGACCGGGAUGUGACGCCGCCAUAUUGGGAAGACCACCCUUACCCCUCUGACAGGCUCCGGAAGCGGGCGUACUGCGAGCCAGUGAAGGACCUUCGAAACUUGUCCAUAGACUUUCCUAUCCCGGACAACAGGAAACACUAUAAGAGCGGGCCAGGCAACUAUCUUUCACACCUGCUGGGACACGAAGGACCCGGAAGUCUGCUGGCGGCGCUGAAGAAGCGAGGAUGGUGCAACAGUUUGGUUGGUGGUAGCCGUCUUGGGGCUCGUGGCUUCGGCUUCUUCAACGUUCGCGUGGACCUGACCGAGGAAGGUGUCAAACACGUGGACGACAUCGUCACUUUAGUCUUUGAGUACAUAGCGAUGCUUCGUUCAGCUGGUCCGCAGCGCUGGAUCUGGGAGGAGCAGCGUGAACUGUUGGCGCUGGAUUUCCGUUUCCGGGACACUCUGGAGCCGCGGACAUUGGCACACGGAUAUGUACACCAGCUGCAGGAGUUCCCGAUGGAAGACGUGUUGAGCGCGUACUACCUGCUGUCGGAGUGGAGGCCAGACCUCGUCCAGGAGAUGUUGGACCUUCUUACACCAGAACGGGUCAGACUCGCCGUUAUAGCCAAAUGUUUCGGGGACAAGUGCAAAGAGACGGAACCGUGGUAUGGCACUAAGUUUAUGCAGGAAGACAUCUCCGAAGAACAGUUGAAGGUGUGGCGGUCGGUGAAGAGCAGUCCAGAACUACAUUUACCACCCUCCAACGAGUUCAUCCCCACCCGCCUCGACCUUGAAACGGAACCCGAUAGUACGACAGAUGCCAUCGCGCCGGUUAUAAUUAAGGAUACACCACUUAUGCGUAUAUGGUUUAAGCGGGAUAACGAGUUCCAACUGCCAAAGGCGUUCGUGACGUUGGAUUUUGUAAGCCCGCUCGCGUACAGCUCGCCGCUUAACUGCAAUCUGACGUCACUGUGGGUCGUGCUGCUAAGGGACUCGCUGCAGCAGUUCGCGUAUGCAGCAGAAUUGGCUUCGCUGCGAUGGAAUAUCGGAAACGCUAAACACGCUAUCAAUGUGUCGAUCGACGGCUACGAUGACAAGCAGGGGGUCCUGCUGGACAAAAUAGUCGAGUCUGUGAUGCAGUUCCGGACGGAUCCAGCCCGGUUCGAGAUCAUGAAGGAGAACCAUAUACGUGCGCUGAAGAACUUCGAAGCGGAACAACCCUACCAGCACGCCGUCUACCAACAAGCACUGUGUCUGUCCACAGAAGUGUGGACUCGUUGCGAACUGCUGGAAGCUGCUAAAAAUGUUACUCCCGAGAUGCUGGAUGACUUUGUUACACGCGUGUGUCGGUCUAUGCACGUGGAAGGUCUCGUUUUCGGGAACAUGAGACGCGAAAGAGCUCUGAAGCUCGCGGAUUCUGUUGAGAGCAAAAUACCGAAGGACGCUGUGCCCUUGCUUGCUCAGCAGUUGGCGUUAAAUAGAGAAGUGGAACUUGAUAAAGGCUCCUGGUACCUUCGUGAAUGCGAGAACAAAGUGCACAAGUCGUCGUGCGCUUCCGUCUACUACGCGUGUGGCCUUCGCGAGACGCGCGCAAACGUCGUCCUAGAGUUGCUUGCGCAUACGCUGACAGAACCGUGCUUCCACGUAUUAAGGACGCAGGAACAGCUUGGAUACAUCGUUUUCAGUGGACUAAGACGAGCUGGUGGAACUCAAGGGUUCCGUGUGUUGGUGCAGAGUGACAGGCAUCCGGCGUACCUGGACACCCGCAUACAUUCCUUCCUUGACUCCGCUCAGGAGUACCUGGACAAAAUGACAGACGAGGAGUUCAUGAAGCACCGGUCCUCGCUUGCUGCAGAGAUGUUGGAGCGGCCGAAGCGUAUGACGGGCAAGGCGAGCCGGGUGUGGGGGGAAAUUACGUCACAGAUGUACAACUUCGAUCGGGCGCGCGUCGAGGUUGAAGAACUCAACACUGUCACUAAGCAAGAAUUGAUAGAAUUCUAUAAGAAACAUAUAAACUCAUCGUCGAAAGUGCUUCGUAAGUUGUCUGUACACGUUGUGUCUGUCGCCGAGGGCGGUGCGGGCAAACAGGCAGAAGAAUCUACAGACACGCCGGAGGAACCAAAUGAACAGACAAAGGGCCCGGAAGCAAAACCGGUUCAAAUAACAGAUCUUGUCGAGUUCAAAUGCCGGCGAAGACUCUAUCCACACCCUCAACCGGCUCUUAACAUUCCUAGGAAAGGAACGCAUUGUAAGCUUUAA